CCGCAUGCAAGGCAUUAUUACAUAACACGCGCACACGGGGGAGGACCAUGCACGGAGCAGCAUCAGCAACGACCAGCAUCCGUCGUCGGCUAGGAUGAGCAUCGCGUGGUGUUGCAAGCUGCGCGCGGGACCUAACAGCAAGCGAUUGGUAGUCGUGCUCGUCUCCACGACGACGUUUCUUGGAAUACUGCUGUUGAAUUCGAAGAGUACUCCAUCGGACAACGAUAUCGAUGUUGGUCGCUCGCACUCUAACUACGCAUCGCCGACGUCCGUCGUCGCCAACGCGUCGUCGUCGCGCACGAGCAGCAGCGUGCCGACGUGGCAGCGACUGGAGCAGCUCUACUCUCACUCGUCCAAACUACUGGACGUCGACAACUCUCAGAUAUUCACGCACGACGAGCUAUUCGCGCCGACGCGUCUAACUAGCGCCGACGUCGAUGCCGACGGAUACGUCGUCCCCAACAUCGUCCACUACGUGCGCUUCGGUCGCGCCGACGUCACGUUCGUCGAGAUGCUGUGCAUGCGCUCGGCGUGGCAGAACAUCCGCCCGAAGCGCCUGCUCGUACACUGCGACUUCGCGCCGACCGGUCACUGGUGGGACGAGGUGCGUCGGU